GCCGUCGGCCAAUGGGAAAAAGCCUAUUCAAACAGCCCCACCAGUCGGAGCUGCCCGUUCCGGCCCACCCCUCUGCCGCCGGCACGCUGCGCCAUUUCUUUCUCGCCCUUUGUUCUACAUCUGCAAAGGUCUUUUACAACCUUUCUUCACUGUCCGAGAUUGAUGAUUGAUGCUGUCUCUUGAGCUUUCUAUGUAAAAAUUGUGAUUUUCUUGUAUCAAUUCGAUUGCAACAUCAAUUAAAAAUAUGGAUAGGAGUAUGGUGUUCCUCAACAACAAUUACCUAAAGUCUAAAGAUGACGCCAUUAGUCCAAUGGAUCUACCAUUCAAUUCAAAAUUUGAGUUAAACCAAAAGAAGAACCAACGUUUGCUCUUGGGGAAACAGCCAAAAUACGAAACAUACCAGGAGAAUGGACAAAGAAGGUAUGGCGGGCCCCCAAAAGGUUGGGUCGGUGGUCCUCCUCCAAAGGGAACGGAAGUUUUUGUUAAUCGAUUGCCGAGAGAUUGCAUGGAAGAUGAAAUAAUACCUAUAUUUGAAUCAGUCGGCCAGAUUUACUGUUUGAGACUUAUGAUGGAUUUUUCCGGUACCAAUCGAGGAUUUUGUUUUGUACAAUACACUUCACUGGAGAAUGCCAAGUCGGCUGUUUCGAAAUUGAGCGGUCAUGAAAUACGCCCUGGACGAAAGAUCACUGUCACAAAAUCAGUUGACAACUGUCGUUUGUUUAUUGGGCAUAUUCCAAAAGAACUUGACACAGAUGCAAUCAAAACAACUAUCUGCAGAUACACAGCAGGUCUUGCAAACGUGAUCUUGUACCUUUCACCGACAGAUAAAAAGAUGAACCGGGGAUUUUGUUUUGUUGAGUAUGAGGACCAUAGGUCUGCUGCGAUGGCAAGACGCCAUUUGUUAAGCACAGGAAUACCAGAAUGGAAUUCUGACGUCAUGAUUGAUUGGGCUACACCUGAAGAAGAAGUUGAACCUCACAUCAUGGAAAGGGUUACAAUAAUGUAUGUGAGGAAUAUGAUGUUGAAGACUACAGAAAAAACAAUUAAGGAAGCUCUUCUUAAUUUUGUUAAACCUGAAGAUAUCAAAAGGGUUAGAAAAAUGAAAGAUUUUGCUUUUGUCCACUUCACCAGCCGUGAAGUUGCACAAAUUGCUAUAAAUAAGUUCAAUGGAUUUAUUUUGGAAGGCGCCAAAGUGGAAGCAACAUGGGCCAAACCAAUCAAAACAAAAAAAGAUGACCUAAAUUGUAUAAAAUGGAAACGUUCAGAACACAGUUUAUUGGAUGCAAUGACUUAUUCAGAUGAGCCAUUUCCUCAAUGGUUUCCCCAGUACGCAUGGCCAGCAAUCAAUACAUGGACGUUGUCUUCACCCGCCAACUCACCAUUGUCUCUAUCUUCAGACUGUCGACUUGGUUUUACAGGGGAAUUGGAUAGAGAUAACACGUUGAAUCUGCCUGGUUUUGAGGAUAAACCUGCGCUUCAAAGUCUAGCAUGUAGAAUCCUUUCAGAGUGCCCUCCUGCUAUGGCUCUUCAACAUCUGGCCAAUUUUCUACGAUGGGGGGAAGUAUGUUUCGGCGUCUACCAAAUGACACCCCAAUCCUUUACUGCUCAGAUUUUCAUCACAAGACAUGGGCAACCACUUUUCACAUCUCCGAAUCCGUAUUUAAACCCUGCUGCUCAAACGCCAGAAGAGGCAAAGAAUUUAACCGCUAAAAUAUUUUUCUCUGUGUUUAUUUUUUCUUAAAUUGUUCUAUUUGUAUUUAAUUAUUUCGACAUUCUAAAUGUCCACUUUUCCACUUUGUUCCUUUAUUUCUAGUAAUUAAAAAGAAAAUAUUUUUUUAUUAAAUAAAAUUUUUUCAGCAAGUACAUUUUGGCUCUGAUUUAUUAAUGGGCUUGUGCAAAAAUAAAAUGCAGGUUUUGAAAAG